CUCGGGGGUAUGGUCGGAGGUGUCGGUGCCCGAGUCAUGAGAGGUCCAGGCUGGAAAUGGGACAAGCAGGACGGCGGAGAGGGCCACCUGGGCACAGUUCGGAACUUCGAAUCCCCUGAGGAAGUUGUCGUUGUGUGGGACAACGGCACCGCUGCGAACUACAGAUGCUGUGGGACUUACGAUCUCCGAGUCGUGGACAGUGCACCAACAGGGGUCAAACACGACAACACAAUGUGCGACAGCUGUUGCCAGACGCCAAUCUUCGGAAUUCGAUGGAAGUGCGCUGAGUGCUCAUCGUACGACUUGUGCUCAGUCUGUUAUCACGGCAACAAGCACAUGCUGUCACAUCGCUUCUACCGAAUAGCGACACCCUAUAGCGAGAAAGUUCUCUGCGAACCCCGGAAGAGGUCCAAGAAGGUUUCCCUGCGAGGAAUAUUCCCCGGCGCGAGGGUUGUGCGGGGCGUCGACUGGCAAUGGGACGAUCAGGACGGCUCCAGACCGGGCAAGGUGACCGAGAUUCAAGAUUGGAGUGCGACGAGCCCAAGGAGCGCAGCGUACGUCCAGUGGGAGACAGUCUGUGUCCGGAAUCUGUAUCGGGUUGGUUUCGAGGGCAUGUCAGAUCUGAAAGUUCUUCAAGACGGGAAGGGAGGCCACGUUUACAGAGACCAUUUGCCGGUGUUGGGUGAACACGGAAGUCUCAUCAGCUCUGUAGGACAGCUCAAAGUCGGAGACAUGGUCACCAUCGAGCUAGAGGCAAACAUAGUGAAGAGCCUCCAGGUUGAUCACGGGGGAUGGGCUGACGGCAUGCUGGAAGCAUUGGGCAGCACCGGUACCGUUGUCGGCAUUGAUGAGGAUAAUGACGUCGUCGUGGCUUAUCCGUGUGGCCGGCGAUGGACAUUCAACCCUUGCGUUCUGACGAAAAUUUUCACCUCAUCCAACGCUGCUCAGACACGGGGUGCUGCCACGACAACGUUCACGGCGAACUUGCUCUCCGAAGGAGGCGCCACGGGCGGAACCUCGUCCGGAAGUUCUCCGGAUGAACUCCAAGUGAAUGAUUUCGCGCAGAUCUGCUCCGAUGUGGAGCGUUUGAAAAUGCUGCAACAAGGUCACGGCGACUGGGCCGACGCGAUGUUGCUGAGCGUUGGUAAAAUCGGUCGGGUGCGGCAGGUGUACUCCAACGGUGACGUCAAGGUCCAGGUUCAGAGCGGAGAGUGGACAUUCAAUCCGCGAGCUUUGACAAAGAUCCGCCCGGACGCGGCGAAGGGCUCCGGUGAUCGCUUGAUGAGCCAGCUCCUGAAGCGCUAUUUCGUCACUCAAUCCACCGGGGAUAUCAACGAAGAUCUUGUACGCUCGGCGGGCUCAGGAGACGCUCACAAAGUCGAAGAGCUUCUUAAAAGGGAUGCCGACGUCAACGGCGUCUACGAACUCCAUACCGCGCUGCAAGCCGCCUGCCAGAACGGGCACAUGGCGGUCAUACGCGUCCUCCUGACGUACGGGGCCGACGUCGAGAUCGAAGAUAACCACGGGGACCGAGCAAUACAUCACGCGGCGUUCGGGGACGAGCCCGGCGCCAUUCAACUGCUUGCGCAAGCUAAUGGCGAUCUCAACGCUCGGAACAAACAACGUCAAACCCCCCUCCACAUCGCUGUGUCGAUGGGACAUAAGAUGGCGGUCGAAAUACUGCUGAAGUCCGGCUGCCACGUCAGCUUACAGGACUGCGAGGGCAACACGCCGUUGCACGAUGCGAUUUCAAAGAAACGCGAAGACAUCAUGCAGCUCCUACUGCAACGUGACGCCGACAUCUUAUUGGCUAAUAACAACGGUUUUAAUUCGCUGCAUCACGCGGCCCUCCGAGGCAACCCCCAAGCGGUUCAAGUUCUGCUGGAUAACCUCAUGAGCUCGCAACUGCCACGAUGGUGGAUCGUCGACGAGAAGAAAGACGACGGCUACACCCCGCUCCACUUGGCUGCCCUAAAUAAUCACCACGACGUCGCCAAGCUCUUGAUUUCCAGAGGUAAUGCCGACGUCAACCAGCAAAACCUCAAUAUGCAAACAGCGCUCCAUUUAGCCGUGGAACGUCAGCAUCAGGAAAUCGUCCGACUGUUGGUGAAUUCCGGAGCGAACUUGAACGUCAAGGACAAGGACGGAGACACAGCGCUCCACGAAGCUCUCCGCCACCAUACGCUCGAGCAGCUGAAGCACCUCCAAGGAACUGCCCUCAGCGUGAACGUGGCUCCCUUGACGUCUAGUGCAUCCAGCAUCAAUUCGAACAUCCCUGCGUUGAACGUCGGCUUGAGCGCCAAAGCGAAUCAGAGCUCCCAGGACGCGUCGUUGGACGCGGGGAAUAUCAGCGCACAGAUCGCUAAAUAUCUCGUGAAUUUCGGCGCAGAUCUCGAGGCCAGGAACAAGAAACAGCAGACCCCUCUAGAUUUGUGCCCUGACCUGAACCUGCGAGCGGUACUGAUCAAAAGUCAGCGGCAGAUCCCGCAACAGGCCUCGGAAGAGGAGAAUGCUUAUGCGACCGUGGGAAUCCCCCCGACCGAGGCGAUGGCCGCUCUGAGUUUCUCUUGCCGGAACCUGCCGCCAGUCCCCACGUUGGGUCUGACUUCGCGGCAAACACCGCAGGCGAGGAUUCCAUCUCCACAACAAUUCCCACCGAAAGUCGCCAGGCAGAAACUAACCUCAACGGCUAACUUCGGCGCCGACGAGUGCAUGCUCUGCUCCGAGCGGCCUCCAUGCACGAUGUUCCUACCUUGCACGCACAUUGUAUCGUGCGAAUCGUGCUCCCCUCGAAUCAAGAAGUGUCUCUCGUGCCAAGCUCCCGUGCAGCAACGGAUAAAGAUUGAGGAGUGCGCGGUGUGCACCGAUAAAUUGGCGUCGGUGCAAUUCUCUCCGUGUAAUCAUGUUCUGGCUUGCGAAGACUGCGCGAAACUCAUGAAGAAAUGCAUCAAAUGCAAAACCGACAUCGUCAUGAAAACCGAACUCAACCGGCCCGCUUUGCACGAAGGAAACACGGUGGAAGGCGUCCGGAAUAACUGCGCCUCUGCGCGACCGGCCCCGACUUCGGCCGCGGUGAAGAUGAAGGACAACAAUGUGUACUUGAGCAGCCUGCCCUCUACGUCGAAACAUCGAGAGAACGACGAUAGGGAAAAGCAGAAACUCCUCCAGGAACUCAACGAUUUCCGGGAGAAGACGACCUGCCCUGUGUGUUUCGAUCGUUGGAAAAACAUGGCGUUCCUCUGCGGUCACGGAACUUGUCAAGCAUGUGGCGACAGGAUUCACGAGUGUCCGAUCUGCCGCAAGAAGAUCGAAACGCGAAUACUGCAAUACUGAACGCACUGCCGGACCUUCACGCAUCCAGUGAGCGGCGGCUAUAAGCUCGAGGAUCCACUUUCCAUCGCGAUAUGGAACUUUUUCGAAUAUAAAUGCCAUGAACCCAGGAAGAGAACUCGAUCUCAAAACGUAAAUUGUUCCGCGGGACAUGCACCUGCAGGGAACCACGACCCGUCAUCUGGCGGAGAACGGAGCGUGGUUCACUUGGGUCUGUACAUCACAGUGAUGAUU